AUGGGCCCGAAAGGACUACUUGAUAUUCCUCCAGACAUUCUGCUUGCAAUCGUUUGUUCAUUAGAUGUGAGGGAUGUUUUGUCGCUGGAGCAGACGUGCAAGAAGCUACAAGAACUAGCUACGGCACGUCAUUUAUGGAUCAGCCUGUUCCAGCGUCUCGACCUAGCUUGCGCUCCCGACCUCCCGCCUCAUGUAGACGUCUCCGAAUUGUCCAGUUCUGAACUGAGAACUCUAGUCGUCAACGCUGUCCGCGUUUAUCAUCAGACACUGUCGGGAGCGGCACGCUACUAUCUCAAGGCAAGCGUUGUCCCUAACAACCCACAAGGCACGUUCGGAAGUCUUAGAUCGAGACUAGGCACUUCAAGUGCUACACUCGCACCUGGAGGACGCUACCUUUUUUUGAUGUGGUCUGAAGACGUCAUUCAAAUAUAUGACCUGGAAUGCAACAGCUCCUGUGUCUGGACUUACCGGCCUAACAAUAUCAUGGCCCUGAAAUCUCGUCUUGACUUCAUAAAUUUGAAUUAUGCCUUCGAAGUCUACCAAGACCGUACAAUCACGGUAUUAACGGGCAAUUACGAGCGUGAAAAUACGCAAACUUGGUUGGAGGUACACCGAUUAAUCCCGUCGGUUCAUAGACCAGGAACUUUCGAGUCGGAGCGUGUUUACGUUCAUAAGACUGCACCAUUCUUUGCUCUUGCUCCCCUCGUAUGGGCAGAUUAUGCGGUGACCCAGCAUGGAACCACUUUCACGGUAAUAAAUUGGAGGCAACGCUGGUCAACAGAAAUACAAUGUAGUAGCCCUGGAGCCGGCUUUCAGUGCUCAUUGCUGCAAAACACGAUGUUCUUUUGCGAGAUGGUUUUAACAUCCACAGGUCAAAUAUGUACUUUGACUGCAUUUCAACUUGAGCAAAUCGACUCCGUUCGGAACGCCGCAAAGAAUCCUGCGGAAAUCCACAUUGACCAACUGGACACUUGUUCACUCAAAUUUCAAGUACCCAUCGGCAUUGUCUUGCGUCCAAAUGUGACGGAUCUCCCUUGGACUGGUCGCCGAAAGCGUGUCUUAAUAUCCCUCGUUACGAUGCAAAGGGAGCUGCCAGCGGAUUUGUCGAAGCUUCUUGCAUACGAAUUUUCAUAUGAACCCGAUGCCUACAGCACCGCGCGUUUGAGAUCAAUUUCUCACACCACUAAAGCAGUCCCAAACGCUUUGUACAUUGUAACUGGGCCAUCGCAAACCAGAUCUGGCCUACUAGUCUACUCGAUACCGCAGUCACAGCUUACUGCUCAAUGUUAUGGGCCAGUAGAAGAAGAGAAGAUAGUGAUGAAGGUUGGGGUAGAUAAAGAUGGUGAGCUAUUUCUCGCGGACCUGCCGCCUGAAAUUUUGGAUUACUACAAAGGCGUUGCACGACCUAGUAGCGUCGGAGUGUCGAUGGAACACUACAGUGGCGCUUUGGUGUUUUUCUCAGAGCAAUCCAAGUCUGUUGAUAUAUGGUACCCAGCAUAAUCAUGGGUGAUAUUGUAUCAACUUUGACAGCGGGUUUGACAUUGUCCGCUCACUUAUUUAUGUUUGUUGGUCUUCCUAUAUUUGUUUGAGCAGGUAGUGGAAUAAGAUCCAUGAAAAGCAUUUUUGUAUUACAUAUAUGUCACGAAUCUUGUCGGGU